CAGUAGUUAUUACACCCAAAUGUGAGACCUUUCCUUUUUUACUCCAGAAGCCAACACAGAAGACGAAGACGAGGAGGAAGAGGAAGAAGAAGAAGAAAGAAGAAGGAAGAAUAUUCAUUCAGCUCUUGCUUUGCUUCCUGCUCAAGCCAUUUUGAUCACUUUUGUCCUUCCCUCUUUUCUGACAAUCUUUUAUUUUUAAUUUCUCCUUUUUUUUUCUAAUCGUUUUCUGCUGGUAUUAAGGUCCGCCAUUAAAGCUCUCACGGAAGCUCCCACGAGAAACCUCCAUCUCUGCACCUCUUUCUGACUUUCUCUCACGAGAAAGCUUAGACUCGCUCGUUUUCUCCACCCACCCAUUUUCCCAACUUUACAGCUUUCUCUGUUUUGUCUUUGAUCCCCCCCCCCCUUCUCUGUGUGUGUAUAUAUAUAGUCUCUUGUUUAUACACCUGAAGCUGUAAUGGCGGAGUUAAAGAACAGGAAGAUGAAGUUUACGGGUAUUUGGCUGUUGCCGAUUCUGAUCCGAGUCGGGUGUUUGGUGGAAGCGAUUCUCGACCCAGUUGAUUUCUUGGCUCUGCAAGCGAUUCGCAAGUCGCUUGUUGAUUUGCCGGGAUCCAAUUUCUUCCAGUCGUGGGAUUUCACGUCCGACCCUUGCACUUUCGCCGGAGUUUACUGCGACGGUGACAAGGUGGUGGCUCUCAACCUCGGAGAUCCCAGAGCCGGCUCACCCGGUUUGUCGGGUCGAAUCGAUCCGGCGAUCGGAAAACUCUCCGCCCUGGCCGAACUCUCCAUUGUUCCAGGUCGCAUCAUCGGACCGUUACCGGACACCGUUUCUCAGUCGAAGGACCUCCGAUUUCUCGCGAUCAGCCGGAAUUUCCUCUCCGGCGAGAUUCCGGCGAGUCUCGGCGAGCUUCGCGGCCUCAGAACUCUCGACCUGAGCUACAACCAGCUAACGGGGACGAUCCCUCCGUCAAUCGGAUCCUUGUCGGAGCUCUCAAACCUGAUCCUCUGCCACAAUCACUUGUCCGGAUCAAUUCCUCCAUUCAUUUCCCAAACCCUAACCCGUGUCGACCUCAAACGCAACAACCUCACCGGCACUCUUUUACCGGCGACUCUCCCGCCAUCGUUACAGUACCUCUCCCUCGCCUGGAACCAGAUCACCGGACCCGUCGACCGGGUCUUGCUCAAUCUUGACCAGCUCAACUACCUCGAUCUCAGCCUGAAUCGCUUCACCGGCACAAUUCCAGGUCGGAUCUUCACCUUCCCGAUGACGAACCUCCAAUUACAGCGCAAUUACUUCUACGGCGUGGUUCAACCGGCGAACCAGGUGACGAUCGCGACCGUCGAUCUCAGCUACAACAGGUUCUCCGGAGAAAUCUCGCCGCUUCUGUCGACCGUACAGAAUCUCUACCUGAACAACAACCGGUUCUCCGGCGAGGUCCCGGCGAGCUUCGUAGAGCGGUUACUAGCAGCGAGUAUACAGACACUGUAUCUGCAGCACAAUUACUUGACCGGCAUCGAGAUAAGCCCGGCGGCGGAGAUCCCGGUGAGCAGCUCGCUGUGUCUGCAAUACAACUGCAUGGUGCCGCCAUUGCAGACGCCGUGUCCGUUGAAAGCCGGGCCGCAGAAGACGAGGCCCACCACUCAGUGCAACGAGUGGCGAGGGUAGUUCUGGAAUUUUGCCAAAUUAUAUUUUACAUAUUUAAAUAUAUUCCCUUGUUAAUUUUUUUUUGUCAUGGUUUUUUAUGGGAAAAAAAAAUAUGAUUCGUUUAUUCGUUGGGUUGUAGCGUCUUCGGACAGAUUCUGAAUUAAUAAAACAAAUCAUUGUGAAAUUA